AUGCUCUGUGGCUGCUGCUGCCACCUUCGCCGCCCUCGCUGCCAGUCACCCCCUGCCCUGCGGCUGCUGCUGCUGCUGCUGCCUCUUGCCGUCGCACCGUCCCUAGCAGCCGCCGGAGAGGGCAAAGGCCGUUGUGACACCAUAUACCAGGGCUUCGCAGAGUGCCUCAUCCGCUUGGGGGACGGCAUGGGCCGCGGAGGCGAGCUGGAGGCAGUCUGCAGGUCCUGGAAUGACUUCCAAGCCUGUGCCUCGCGGGUCCUGUCGGGCUGCCCGGAGGAGGCAGCCGCCGUGUGGGAGUCGCUGCAGCAAGAGGCUCGCCGGGCCCCGCACCCGGAUAACUUGCACGCUCUGUGCGGCGCCUCGGUGCGCGUUCCGGAGCGCGGAGCCAGCCCCGAGACCAACCAGGAGACGCUGCGGGCCCCCGCGCCCCGGUCCGCACCGGCCCCCGCGCUCCCGCUGCUGGCCGCGGGGCUGGCGCUGGCCUGCCUCCUGGGACCUCUGGCCUAGCCACCAGCAACCAGCCGGGGUAGCAGCGCCCUGACCUGGGGGCUGGGUCGCGGGGCUGAACUUUCAUUAAAGGUACAGGUUUCCUUCGCUGCACGUGGAGGAGCGUCCCUUGGAAACCUUUCGUCCGCGCAAUGGCUUAAAGCAAAGCAGCAACGACUAUUCAUGUAUAUGGGAGGGAGGGGGGAAGGCUAUUUUACAUGUGAAAAAUGUUUUCCCACGUUCUCAGACCCCAGAAGUAACCCAUCAGCUCAGAUAAUGAAUAAUACAUUAAAAAAAACCAAAAACAA